UGGGUGUCACUGUGCUAACUGGCAUUUGCCCACUAUUGCUCAGAUAAAUAGACGCUACCGGUGGUAACUUGCUAGCUGCUGGGGCAGUACGUGACGAUUAAUUGUUGGUCGCUUGUCUCAGCUGACUACAGUGCUGCUGUCGAAAGGUGUCUGUUAUUUUGGCGCUCAAGAACACCACUCCACUGUCGAAGCGAGAGUCUCGGAGACUUAUGCGGUGCUCCGGGGACUUUGUUGUGAGUUAUGAGUCUUUCGCGAUGGUCGACUAGAUGCAAACAACUGUGUUUUCUCGCAUAGUUGGCAGCAUAGGUUUUCGUUUGUUACACCAUUUUUAUUUUGUUGGGUUCUGCAUUGGAAGAUUUUUCAGUAUCAACUGCGACUGCUUGCCGGUCCAACCAUUUUUUAGAAUGUCUUCUCAAUGAAUGGAUCCAAGUGAAGUGACUAGAAUACUCCGACUGACACAGGUCAGAUGUAGAUGUAAUCUAAAACGAUAUGUGAAUGUUUCGUGAAACUGCAGUUAGGAAGUGGCUUCAUAAGCCGCCUCCUGUUUGAAGAGUGUCCUCUAAAGUGGGAAAAGUGUCGACUUAAUUAGUGUGUGGGCGCUACAGAACCACCUACCCUAAGACCGUCAUCGUAUUCACCAAUAAAAAGAUGCUUUUAGCAAGCAUUCUACUUCUAGCGGGACUUGUAACUUUUCUCGUCUGCGCCGGAGCUCUGUUAUACAGGCUAGCUCUUUUUUUGAUUACGCGUUAUAUUCAACGGAAGCUAAGUGUAAAAGUGAGAAUCGGCACUCUCAAAUUCUUCAAGUUCUUCUCCGUCCAGGACCUUUAUGUACAGUUAAAAAAUGGAACAGUGUUCGAGGCUGAACGACUGUGGAUAUCAUCCUGCAUUUUCUCCAACGAGUAUUCCUCGCUGGUAGCUGUUUGUUUCUCUGACGUUCGGCUGCAGCUCAGUUUGGAUGGACUUCUCGAGGAUGAGGGCGGAAAUGAGACGGCGCAGGGUUCGGCACAGGGCGCUGUGGGCGGGGCAAGUGGAAAUCGCUUGCCAGCAAAGCUUGUUACAGCCCUUAAGAACAUCUCGCUUCAUCUGUACAACGUAGAUAUUAUGCGACUGGACGGCGGCAAUGAUUCUCUUGUUCAUACCACUUUUAAGGAAUUAACAUUGAACGCUUAUUCGAAAGGCAAAGAGGCCUGCGCUCUAACUGCGUCAGUGUCGUCGGCAGCUCUGCGGAUUUUUCACCAACCGCCUGAUAGAAAACGGGACACGUGCCUUGCGAACGCUUGUGUUGACGCUGAGUGCCGUCUCUCAAUUCUGCUUUCACAACCUGUCGUGCUCAAGUCGCUUGAAGUUGACAUCCGCAAUCCAGUGUUGACGAUCAGUGAGAAUCUUCAGCUGCACAAGAUGUUAAAUAAUUUGGGCGAUUGGGGCGGCCGUCGUGCGUCGUCAACUGAUGCUUCAGGUUUGGACGGCGGUACCCUGAACGAGGAAUCGCAAUUAUCGCGUCGAGGCCGACUGCGUGGCUUCAUGCUGCGCCUGCCUAGAAAAGUCAAUUUCUCAAUGAAUUCCCUCAGCUUUCAAGUUAUGAAAGAUAACUGGGUACCAGGAUUAUCUUUCGAACUCGUCCAUUUCACAGGUUCACUCUGUAAUGAUAGCGGAGCGGUCUGUAAUAUUUGUGUGAAAGAAGCACGCUUCAGUGCGGAAACAGCACAGCUGGCGAGUCUGGCAUUAGCCGAAAUGGAAACAACGCUGGAAAACUACUGCGAUUUAUCAGUAGCUCUUAAGGUGCAAUCACUCCACACGCACUACAAUAGCGAUGAAAUGCACUACUGGAUAGCGAAGGUUGGAGAAAUUGGUCAAGGAAUAAAUCCAAGCCAUCCGCCAUCUUCUACCUACGAUAAAGACAGUACCGGAAGCGCAAUAGCCAAUACAAACAGCGGCUUCGGUAUUCGCCAUGAUGCCAACACCAUUGACAGUAAUUAUACUAUAUGGAAGACGACUGACGAGAUUCCGAUGAAGGGUUCGAGCCAGCUUAACGUUAUAGCGGAAGAUGGUCUUUUUCGAACAAUAAACGCCUCGCUUCAGGUGACGGAUCUGGUGACUUCGCUCACGCCAAGUUCUCCGAACAGCGCUAGCUCUGAGCAACCUUCAGGACCGCAGAUUCGCGUACGCAAACUUAAUGCUGGUGUAUCGCGGUUUACCGUUGAGCUCGAUCUCCAACGCAACCUUUGUGGUGAAUGGGAGACCCAAGCAGAGCUUUUGAUGGCAACAGGAGUUUGCGUGAUUGGUCCGUUCCCCCCGACAAUCCAGGCGUCUACGUUAAAGAAGUCACAUCCGUGGAACAUGCCGCUUGCGUUUGGCAUGUGCGUCCUUCAGGUUCGUGACACAUCGCAGGAGUUUUAUCUUGAGGGGUCCAUGAACGACAUCCACAUCGAGACGACCCCACAGUUGCUCCAUAUUCUGCGUGAACUUUUACGGGAGCGUAGGAAACGGCAUGACUCAAAUGCGUCCGUUCAAAGUGAAAACGCUAAUACAUGUGGGAAAUCCAACACUGAUAAUGGUGGCUGUUCCGAAAAUGGCCAAAUGAUGGCUACUUCAACGAAGCGGCUGGGGAUCGAGCUGACAGUUACCAACGGGAAUCUGUUUGCCCUCAACUCAGUGGGACAUUACGUGGCUCUGCGAAUGGACACAUUACGGAUGAAUGCCGAUCGUCGUUCUUUCAAGUUCGUUGCAGAAGAGAGCGCUUUAAGGGUGAUUCAGCCUGAAGGUGGAAUAUUCGAGGUGGUUCCUGCCAAGUUAAUGUCAAAUUGCUCCGCCUACGUGAAGACCAUGACAUUACGAUGCAGACCCGAGGAGACUUCGAUAGAGUUCGCUGAGAUGUCGCGCUUAUGGUGGACGACGACAGCGUACUUGCACGUGAUCACUCUCAUUGAUGACACUCGCGUCAUAUUUAAAUCGUCCGGUGAGUCAACCUCGAGUACCGCAUCAACCGAUCCGCCUAAGGCCAGAGGCUUCAAGUUGAUUUUCUGCGGUGACUCGGUGCUAGAGUUUCGCCUGAGCGAACGCCACUCGAUGUUUCUUGUUGCACACGACUUCGUGUGGAAGCGUCGACCUCGCGAGGCUCGCAUCAGCAGUGAGCGACUUAUAUGGCGUUUUGAUAAGCACGACAUAUUCACGUUUGAGAAAGUUGAGUACGCACUCUGCCCCGUUAAUGAGGAGAGCAGGUUACUGCGAAGACAUUUCAAAUCGUCGGGUGCGGUCGAACAGGAAGCAAAUCGACGAUGGCUGCUGUCAUUUGGACAUAUUGGUGUGGAGUUCCCGCACGACUACAACUUCGCGGAGGCUUUUAGUGAAGAUUUUAUCCUCUGUUUCAAAUGGAUGAGACUAGUUCACGGCAAGAAACGUGUACCAUUUACCACCGAAUCUCCACUGCCAGCCGAUUUGACUGUGCGGGCAAAAAGUGUCUCGUUCGAAAUUCAAGAUGAUCCAUUUGAAGUAAAACUUCGCCAAAACUAUCAGCUGCUUGAGGACGAAUAUUUCGAAAGUUGCAAACGACGCCAGACACUCGACCAAAAAAUUGACAAACUUCGCAGAACCAAUAUACUUAUCUCAGAAGCUACUAUCGCGGAACUUUAUCAGGGCCUGGAUAAAAUGAACUCCGAGCAAUACAUUAAACGGUCACGACAGCUCUACGAAAGUUCUAAGCUAUCACUGGUGCACUGGACCUUCAAGCACCUUGAGUUUUCAGCUAUGGCGGACCCAAGUUUCCAUGGAAAGGAACGGGUGGUAGCAGUUAUUAAACACCUCAAUCCCAAUAGUCCUCUGCCGGACGAUAUGGAGUUUGCGACGCUUUGGUGCCGUGUGAUAAGCGGUAGUUGCAAAAGCGUCGAAUGCCGUCUCCGAGACUUCCCUCGGAAACUCCUCGAAGUGGACGACUUUUUCUGGUUUGGCAAGCUUGUCGGAGCUGAACAGGAAGGAACUGCUCGAGCAAAAAGGACGUGCACGAUAGAACUGGAGGCGCCGUUUGGAAAUGUUUCAAUUCAACGAAAUAUGCCAUCUCUUAAGCUAUUUUAUGAUAUGACGUUCGAUCUGAACACCUUCACGGUGGUAUAUGGCAGCUGUUGGGAGCCUGUACUAGCUCAGGUGAAUUUGGCGUUGGACCUGAUUAACAAGCCGUCGACAGAUCCGUCACCACCGUUGCCCUGGUGGGACAAGACACGUCUGAUCUUUCACGGAAAGCUAACUGUGUCCGGGCGUCGACUUUCGUACCUGCAGCAUGCAUCGCUCAAUCCAUACAAUAACACCGAAAUGCUCGAUACAACGUGGACCAAUGCAAUGGUCUACUGGCACAAUGGUCGAAUCAUCUGUCAGGGAGACCUUGAUCAACUGAUCUACACAGCUAGCAGAUAUUACGCAAGCCAUCUAUUGCACUUUCCUAAUCUCAAGCUCUCCGUCAAGAUGACGUGGCGUUGCAUCGGCAACCCUUUCGAUCAUCAAUCGGUCAUGCCUUGCGCCGCUGACAAACUACCUGAAUACUCGAUCCAUCAACGUCAUGAUUCAUACCGAGCUUUCCGCUCGACAAGUCUCAACGUCAGUAUCUCACUUGAGACUAAAUGCAGCAACAGAAGCCAACGAGGUAUUACGCACACUUCACAAUCAUCACAGCAGCAGCAGCAGCAACUCCAAAGGCAGCUGGAACAGCAGCAGGCCGUUGGAUCUGCAAUUCAUUCCGGCAAUGUUGGUGACACGCAAAACGGAUCGGCGCAGGUGAAAGGCAAACUAAAGGUCAGCAAGGAUAAGGGCAGAAGCGCAAGUGGCGAACUAUGCACCGGACGCACUGUUGAUAAUAACGGAAAUAAUGACGAUAAUAGUGAAACACGACCUCAGCAGCAGGUGCAACAGCAACAGGGAAAACAACAGGAACAACUUGAUACACCACGGCUUCAGCUUUACAGUGCCACGAUUAGAUGGUUGGAGAAUUUCAAAAUUAUAGUGACGGGACUGUCCAGGCUCACGCGACGCGGAAAGCUCUUUGGGAAUACUCGUCCACGUAAGACCCGGCUGUCCAGGCACUUCCAUAGCGCCACCGCAAUAAUCUCUUUGCAUCGCUUUCAGGUGUCGUGUUGGACUAGUCUGGCCCGACAUGCCGGAUUUCAACUCGACAGCGGUCGCUUUCAGCUCAGCUGUGAGCACCACCUUACCAUGCUGGCAGUACGUGAUGACUUUCAGCAGAUCAGUGGAUCAAAUAUGUUCAUAUUUGAGAAUGUAAGACACAAACCAAGUUGGAGCACCUUCUACAUGAACUGUGAACUGAGCGAUAGUUCGCACAUUUGGCUCUACCACACUGAGAAUGAAGAGCAAGAGGCCCUCAAAAGGUAUUUUCUCAGCGUGUCCUGCGUGUCGUAUGGCCGCGAGACAAAGCUCCAUAAUAUGCCCGAAUUGGGCGACGACGAAACUCCGUUACACCGAUUAGCCGUACACGGUCUCAAGGGCGCAUGGACAAAACACAACCGGGACGUGGUCUUUGGCCUAUUCGAUGCCUUUAUUAACGCCGUCAAUUUACGGCGGAACAUGACGAACGAAGCGUUAAAGCCUUUCAAAAUAGAGCAAACCAACAAAGGGCAGGGAAAUAGAAAGGUGUCGUCUCCAUCACAAACUCCUAGUGCUGCUAACAUUGGCCAGGGAACCGGAAUGACAAGUGCGAGUAGCAGCAGCAGAGGAGCUUCGUCAAAGGCGUUUUCUAUGCUCGAAAAACUCAUUGCUGAAUCAGAGCACAAAGCUGUAUUUACUGAGUCUGUGGAAACACCCGAACCUGUAAACCUUACAGGCGUCAAGGAGUGCCAAUUGGACGAUGUCCUCUCACAUAACUGGUUAAUUGAGUUACGUAACUCACAGGUGAUGUUGCGAGGAUGCGAUACUCCAGGAUAUGUUAUUGUGAGUGCAGCGAAGGCGCAGAUCCUUCAGCGAUUACACGCGCCCGUAUGGAAAGACAACAACUUAGUGCCGAAGACAACCUGGAGAGGCACUCUCGACUGCAUGCAAUACUAUGCAACCGUCGAGAAUACGACCACGGCAGCAAACAGCGAUGACGAUGUUCAGUGGUUGACGACAGAGCAUAUUGAAGCUCUAGAUACGGACAUUACCGACUAUGCGGAUAUGGUUGGUUCGGGCCACAGUGUAGGUGGCGUGGUGUCCUCCGAUGUGGGCGCAGGCGGGUGUGCCUCGAACGGAGAGGGUACACCGGCGCGUCAAGCCCAACUUCAAAGAAUCAUUUCGCGAUGCGGAUGUCAGUUUUUCUAUGCAUCGUUUGGAGAACAGGGAAUCGAUCCGGCUACUCUAAACGAAGUCCCACCUCUUCCGGAUGAGAAAGAUCCAGACGACCCUUGGGAGCAUGAAGUGGCUGUGGAUUCAUUUACAUUGAUUCACCACGACCUGCAGGUAUGUACGAACCCUCUGCAGUACUCGAUGAUCCUUGAUCUCGUUAACAAUCUGCUCCUAUACGUUGAACCGCGUCGCAAAGAAGCCAACCAACGUCUACAAAGCAUGCGUUUUGAGCUUCAGUUGGAGCAAGACAAGGAUCAGAGGGGUCCGAUCAUCAGUUUACAGAACAAAGCGAGAGAACUCAUCGCUAUUCACAAAGAACUUGAAAAAAUGGCCUAUGCAACCCAACGACGACUUGAGAACAGCGAGGAUUUAACUGGGCCCAACGAAGAAGAGCUGCGCGAAAGACUUGCCACUCUCGAACGGGAUAUUCUCGUUAAGAAGAAGCAGCUACACGCAACUAGUGAAGAUCUCACCCUUAUGGUAAAUUGCUACCGCGAAACACAAGUUGCUGCCUGGAAAUCGCAACGUCAACAUCUCGAACAUUCGAAAAUCUCGACUGUUCGGCGCAGCGAGGUGUCAUUUAAACACGCUCUUUGGAAGCUUACUGAUGAAGACGGGCAACUUGGUAUUGCUGAACUCGUAUUAAGCAAUUUCCUCUAUUCCAGAACUACAAAGUCCAAUGACUCCGUCGAGCAUUUAUUGGAGCUUGGCAACAUCAAGGUGACAAAUGAAACCCCGAACGAUGUUUAUCGGGACGUUCUGCAACCAACGGAAGCGCCGUCGCAUGUUCCGGUGGAGCGGCAAAGGGCCUUGCGGAUAUUUUGUCGUGUCCGGGCACCCGUUGGCGGUAUUUCAGUAAAGGAGCACCUUGAAGUUAAUAUUGUGCCUAUAUCCAUCUGCUUGACAUCGACAUUGACACGGCGUCUGCUUACUUUUUUUUUCUCAAGAAAGGAGGCUGAAAAAGCGGUGGAUGGCGACGAAUCUGCUGUGCCUCCCAAAGAAAAUACUCGAAAGCGAGGUCGCAAGCAAGUUGAACGGAAUAACCCAAUGGGUCACGACGACAUUGAAAAGAUGAAGGAACGCGCGGCCAACAAUCAAACCUUCCUUUAUAUCAAGAUACCUGAAGUGCCGAUGCGUCUAAGCUACAAGGGCGAAAAGGAUAAGAAAGACUUUAUUCGUGACUUGAUCGACUAUUCGCUCGUUCUUCCAACCAUCGAACUGCACAACCGAACCUGCCGCUGGCUUGACCUGAUCAUUAUAAUCAGAAAUACGGCCAAAACCGCCCUUUUGUCACAGGCCAUUAAGCAGAAACUCCAAAUUAAGUCGACCACUACGACGACUGCCUCGAUACCGCUCCCCGUUGGAAACGCAGAAGGCGCCGGUGGAUCGGGUAUAGCCGGAUCGGGAGGCGCUGGCAGCAGUAAGCUCGAGGUUAGAAGUGAGACAAGCGAGGAGCAGGCCCGUCUCUUACUCUUUGGGACCAUGGGUCAAGGGGAGGUGAAAAAAGAUAAACGUGGAUUCUUUAAGUGAUCAUCAUGGACCGAGAUUUGACAGAGAAACCAAAAGCGUCUAACUCAAUAUGACAAGUUAGCAGAAGCGGGAGAUAAUCAAGAGUGGUUGACCUAUAAGGUUUUUCGUUGUUGAAUAGUAUCACCACACACAGAUGAUGAGCUGCAAAUUUGGAUAGAAGAUAUUCACCGAGGUGCCGCCACAGCACGUGGACGUCUCUGCAUAGAUUUGCUCCUGUAUUAUAGAUGCCUUUUAGCGAUAGGAACGAUUAUUAUAGGAAUGGAGUAAUAUUACGCCUUUUACCAAUUCCAAGUGUAAGGCAGCCUGAUCAGAUGCGAUUGACACAUAAACAAGCCGAUCUUCAGUAAGACAUUUCUUGCAGAUGUUCACGUAAUCGACGUAACUCGAUUUAGUCGCAAUGAAGCGAUGAGACCAACGGCUGUUAACCUGUAAUCAAUAGAUUAAUGUGAUUGUUUGAGAGUUGAAGAUAAGGAAGAAUAGUUGAGAUAAAAGGGCACGUUUGUUCUUAUAUAUGAUAGUACACUAUAGGCGAGAUGUUGCACUCUAUUUAUUAGCGUGUUGCCAUAUAAAGCAUCCUCGAAACUAAUUUAAUAUUAUAGAGCACCGACUGUGGUGAUAUAUAUGGAUGAGCACAUUAAUGUGUAGAUCAAUUGCACGGUAUUAUGAUAAUAAAACAAACAAAGAAAGAUCACAAUCAUUAAUGGCUGCAUUG